AUGUCUACCUCGAACAUGAACUUCACGGAUAGGGCCUCAAAAGCCCUUUCCGACGCUAUGGCCGUAGCAGAAAGCUACGCUCACUCACAACUACUACCCCUCCAUCUCGCCCUCUCCCUCCUCGAUCCUCCACCAGACGAGUCGAAAGACCAGCAAGUUACAGCAAACGCCUCACACGGUGCAGCAUCACAAUCCCUCUUCCGCCAAGUCGUCGAACGAGCCCAUGGCGAUCCACAAGCUUUCCAGCGAGCCCUUCAAAAGGCAAUCGUCCGGCUGCCCAGUCAAUCACCACCGCCAGAACAAAUAGCUAUGGCACCUUCGUUCACAAAGAUUCUGCGGUCUGCACACGAAUUACAAAAGACACAGAAGGACUCAUUCAUUGCAGUUGAUCAUUUGAUCAUUGCACUAUGCCAGGACCCCACCAUUCAGGUCGCCAUGACUGAGGGCAAUAUGCCCAAUGUCAAGUUGAUCCAAGACGCCGUCCAACAAAUUAGAGGCACACGCCGGGUCGACUCCAAGACGGCAGAUGCUGAGGAGGAAAAUGAAAACUUGAAAAAGUUUACAAUCGACAUGACAGCAAUGGCGAGAGAGGGUAAGAUGGACCCUGUUAUUGGUCGAGAGGAGGAGAUCCGCAGAGUUAUUCGAAUUCUGUCUCGCCGAACAAAAAAUAACCCGGUCCUGAUUGGAGAACCCGGUGUUGGAAAGACCACUGUCGUCGAAGGUCUUGCGCAACGAAUCGUCAAUUCGGACGUUCCGGACAAUCUUGCGGCAUGCAAGCUGCUUUCACUCGAUGUUAGUUCUAUUGUUGCGGGCAGCAAAUACCGGGGAGAAUUCGAAGAGAGAAUGAAGGGAAUUCUGAAGGAGAUUGAGGAGACCAAAGAGAUGAUCGUUCUCUUCGUUGAUGAGAUGCAUCUUUUAAUGGGUGCUGGGUCGAGCGGAGAAGGUGGAAUGGAUGCCGCCAACAUGCUCAAGCCUAUGUUGGCACGAGGGCAGCUACAUUGUAUCGGUGCAACGACCCUAGCCGAAUACCGCAAAUAUAUAGAAAAGGAUGCAGCUUUCGAACGUCGGUUCCAGCAAGUCCUUGUCAAGGAGCCGUCGAUUCCUGAAACAAUCUCUAUUCUUCGAGGUCUCAAGGAGAGAUUCGAGGUCCAUCACGGAGUCAACAUUUCUGAUAGCGCUCUUGUUACUGCGGCUACAUUAGCUGCCCGAUACCUUACCCAGAGACGACUACCCGAUUCAGCUGUUGAUCUCAUCGAUGAGGCUGCAGCCGCAGUCAGAGUCGCUCGCGAGUCGCAGCCCGAAAUCCUCGACUCAUUGGAUCGAAAGCUCCGGCAAUUGAAGAUUGAAAUUCAUGCCUUGUCACGAGAAAAGGAUGAGGCUUCUCAAGCACGUCUUGCACAAGCCAAGCAGGAUGCAAGCAACGUCGAAGAAGAGCUAAGACCCAUGCGCGAGAAAUACGAGAGUGAGAGGGCUCGUGGCAAAGCUAUUCAAGAGGCCAAGGUCAAACUUGAUCAGCUACGUGUUAAAAAAGAUGAUGCCACUCGAACAGGUGAUGAUAGCCGAGCCGCCGACCUGCAGUACUACGCCAUUCCUGAGCAGGAGCAAUUCAUCAAAAAUCUAGAGAAGGAGAAGAAGGCUGCCGAUGCGGCUCUCAGCCUCAACAGCAACCCAGACUCUGGCGGAUCCCUGAUUACAGAUGUCGUUGGCCCCGAGCAAAUUAACGAGAUUGUUGCUCGUGCCACCGGCAUUCCAGUCACGAGACUAAAGACUACGGAGAAAGACAAGCUUCUACAAAUGGAAAAGGUUCUAGGCAAGGUUGUCGUUGGACAAAAGGAAGCCGUUCAAGCAGUUUCCAACGCUAUUCGUCUUCAACGUUCUGGACUUAGCAACCCCAACCAACCUCCCAGCUUCCUGUUCUGUGGGCCUUCCGGAACCGGUAAGACUUUACUUACCAAAGCUCUUGCUGAGUUCCUGUUCGACGACCCUAAGGCCAUGAUUCGGCUCGACAUGUCCGAAUAUCAAGAGCGUCACUCUCUCAGUAGAAUGAUCGGUGCUCCACCAGGAUACGUUGGACACGAUGCCGGUGGACAACUCACCGAGGCACUUCGUCGCAAGCCCUUCUCCAUCCUCCUCUUCGAUGAAGUCGAGAAGGCCGCAAAGGAAGUACUUACCGUCUUGCUUCAACUCAUGGAUGAUGGCCGUAUCACCGAUGGUCAAGGACGUGUCGUCGAUGCACGAAAUUGCAUUGUCGUUAUGACAUCCAACCUCGGAGCUGAGUAUCUUCAACGCCCAACUACCAAGAGUGGAAAGAUUGAUGAAACGACAAAGAAGAUGGUUGAGAAGGCUCUUCAGGAUUAUUUCCUUCCCGAGUUCCUCAACCGUAUCAGCUCGACCGUAAUUUUCAACCGCUUGGCACAAUCCGAGAUCCGCAAGAUCGUGGAUCUUCGCCUUGUAGAAAUCCAGAAGCGUCUCGAAGCCAAUGGCAGGACUGUAAGAAUCGAUUGUUCACCCGCUGUCAAAGAUUGGCUUGGAGCUGCAGGCUACAAUCCUCAAUAUGGUGCUCGACCACUGGCGAGGUUGAUCGAGAAGGAGAUUUUGAAUAGGCUUGCUGUACUCAUUUUAAGAGGUAGCAUCAAGGAUGGAGAAACUGCUCGUGUUGUUAUGGAAAACAACAGAGUUGCCAUCUUGCCAAACCACCAGGAGUCGGAAGAGAGUUCGAGUGAGGAUGAGAUGGACGUCGAUGAUGCUGUAGAGACGCUGGAGGGCGAGGAUAUGGACCUCGGGCUUUACGAAUAA